AAGGAAGCCUCGGGAAUGGCGCGCCAAAUUUCAAAGGACUUCCUCCUGGGAGGAAAGAAAGCGAAAAAGUCCUCCGAAGCCCUAAGAACAACGACGAUAAAAUCCUGCAGAAACAUUAACGUUUACUUAAAGGAAUUAAACGCGCCGGUCGAGCAGCCGAACGAGUCCGAGGAGUUUUGCACAGGAAGUCGCUGUGAAGCUCUGUUGUUAUCAGGCGGUCCUCAGCCGUUCCGCCAGGCUGUCAGGCUUCCCACCUGUGAGACGGCUGAUGUCAGUUGAUGUCAGGAGCCUGGGAUUUUAAUCUGACUCUCACACACUCAGGCUCGGAUGACAGCUUGUUCACACCUGAAAGUAUUAGACGUCAGAACUCUAAAAGUCACGGCUGUCAAGUUUUUUGGCAGGUUUACUUUUCACGGUUUUAAUGUUUACCGCACCUUUUGAAUUAGCAGCCCAGUAACACGCAGGCCGUCCACAUCACUGAAGCUCUCUGUUCUCAAAUCCGGCAGCUCAUAGCCUCUCACUCCACGGGGGAUUUAAGCUGUUUGAGUUUGAGCUCAUAACAGUUUGCAGAAGCUCAUUUCCACACUUCACCUGCUUAUACAGUGCUCUUUAUCCUCAUUAUUUAUUCAUGUGUUCACAGCAGGACACAACAAGCCAUCAGCCUUCCAUACAAACGUCUGUCGCUCAGGGCUGCUGCACCUGCCUGUAACCUUCACACUCGGCGUCUUCAGGCCUGCGGUUAGAAUAUUUUAUCUCGCGCUACAGCUUUAUGUCAGCAGUCAGCACUCUUUGGUCAUACACAAAUGCCUUCACUCUAACUUCUGUCCACUAGCAAAGAGUUGUACUUCAAAAUGGACUACAGUUUCCUGUAAACCAGAGCCUGUCACAGAUAGGGUGUGGCCUCUGGGUGGGGCAGGUGAGGGCUUCGCGGUGGCAGACAAUCCAACCCUCCAGUGAUGCUGUCCGGGGUGCAGCCGUGCUUCCAGUUGCUGCGGAUCGGUUCGUCGGCUGGCGACUCGGCUCGGGAUCUGUACACGUUCAGGCCGGCGCUGAGCCAGUCUGUGUUCCGCCUGGGCCGGGCUGCCGAGCUCUGUGACGUCACUCUGGACUCGGCGUCGGUGUCCCGAAUCCACGCUGAGCUCCAUGCAGAGAAGGAGGCGAGCGGAGGUGACGCAGCGCCACAGGAGGAGGGCUGGAGGGUCCACAUCAAGGACAGGAGCACACAUGGCACCUGGGUCAACGAAGUCCGCCUCCAGCCUGGCGUCCAGUGGGAGCUCUCAGACGGCGACACGCUGACCUUUGGCGGCCAUUCAGCUCCAAGGAGCCCCGAGUUCUACUUCCUGUUCCAGAAGGUCAAAGUUCGCCCGCUAGACUUUGAUGCGAUCACAAUUCCAAAGGCGGGCACCUUCUCGUCAGACUUACAGAACCGCAUCAGAACCAGUCUGGACCGCAAGGUGGCUGCCAACCUGGACCUGUCCAAGCUGUCCAUCAACCGGGCCACCGUCAUCCUCAACUCCAUCGGCAGCCUGAGUAAGAUGAAGGGCAGAGCCUGGACCUUCAAGAGGAGCCACAGCCAUGAGGGGACCACCUCGGACCCCGGUUCCUCCUCCUCGCCACCUCUGGCCGUGGGCUUCUCCUCUCUGCUCCCUCCCUCCACGCCUCCAUCAUUCUCCUCUGCAGCUUCAGUGCCUUUGACAAAGUCCCUCCAGUCGACCUCCAGGAGCAGGAGGAAGUCUGCUCACACGGUGCUCCUGGAGGACGACAGCUCCGACGAGCCCAGAAGUCGAGGAGCUCCAGCAGGAGUUGUGGAGGAUGUUCAGAGAGCAAGAGGGAGGAAGAGGCGGCGGCUCUACAAGUCCGAGUCAGAGAGCUUCAGCUCUCCUCCUCCUCCUCCUCUGCCGCUGCAGCCGAAGAGCCACAACGACGUCCGGCGGCCGCUGGAGGCCAAACCCUUUCCUGUCGGCAUCAGGACCAUUGGCAGUUUCCAUGGCGCCAUGACAAACAGCAGGCUCAACCACCACCUCCUCCAGGCAUCAUUCACAAACCCUGCUGUUCAUAAGCAGGAUGUGCAGACGAUGCAUCGGGUCCAGACGGUCAUGCAUGGCAACAUCGCAACUUUCCGCCAGCAGAAAGCGGCACACAGCUCUCCAGUGGCGCCGAGGGGAAGGCGGAGGGCUCACAGCUCUCCGGUUUUCUCCCCUCUGGUGGUCGGAGGGGAGAACUACAGCCUGGCCUCACCCUCAGUGAGGGUCCGCACUGACGACCGAGGCAGGAUGCAGUUCAACAGAUUCCACCAUCCAACAAGCAAACGACGAGGCCGCCCCAGAAAACACCCUCUCCCUCCCCGGCCUUCGCUGCCCUCUCCAUCUUCCUCGUCUUCCUCUUCCACCUCCUCGGCUUCCUCCUCCUCCGGCUCCUCCUCCUCCUCCUCCGAUGACGAGGACGACGAGGAGGAGGAGGAAGACGAGGAAGUGUCUGUCGGGGCGGUGGAGCCGUGCGCGGCGCCGCGUUGUCUGCUGCCCCAGCAGGACACGGUGCAGUGGAUCCAGUGCGACGUGUGCGACGCCUGGUACCACAUAGACUGUCUGCAUGUUGACCGCAAGAAGCUCCUGAGGGACCCCAACGCCGACUUCCACUGCGGGUGUCACUGAUAGGAGAGGAAGCGAGUUUGUUCCAGUUUAGACUUUCAAGUUACCACAUUUAUUCCCUUAAGUGUUCAUUUCCUACAGCUGCACUUGAAAUGAACAGUCGCUGUAUCGAAGACAGGCUUCAUCUUCUUCUUCUGCUGCUGCUUCUCUACUCAAUCAUCCAGAGUUUUUUCCCUUUGCAUUAACAUGAAAAGAGUUUCUUUAGUUUUUAUGUCCUGAUCUUCUCGAGUAUGAGGAUUUGUGACCCAACAGUCACGCGGCGGCUUCACAAACCACUUUCCCGCUCAGUUUCAGGGCUCAGGCUUCAGAGGCAGCAGCAAAACUGGAAUGAAAUGUCUUGGGUUGGAUUUCAUUAUGGCUCUGACUGCCUGGAGAGGUGCGAUCGGGGCGGGAAAACAUGAUGAAAUGUUUCUAAGUACACUCCCAACACGGCUGUCGUUGGCCAAGGGGCAGCGUUCAAGAAGAUUAAUGAAAUGCUUCACAUCAGGCUGCUGCUGUCGGAGCCUAUACAGGGCGAGAACGUUUUCUUAGAAGUCUGGUGCAGCCGCUGCUACUUUGGGUAGCCAAAAAAACGCCCCCUUCCCAGAAAAAGGAAAAAAAAAAAUAAAUGAGUGCUUGGUUGGUGUUUUCCCACCUCAGCGAUGAAAUGCUUCUGAGCCACUCCUGGGUGGCAGCAGCUGUCCAGGAGUGGGCGUCUGAUGUUCCAAGACAAUUAAACAGCAGAAAAUGUGUCAGCAGACUUCUAUUGUUGCCGCUGAUGAGAGGUGCUCUCAGGACGAUAAUCAAACGUUUCGAGGCACUUCAGCAGACGCAGCUGCUGGGCUUUCAGCGGGCGGGUGAUGCACAAUGUGUGCUGUGGGACUUUGUUGUUACGUCUGAGUGCAAGCUGGCUGGUUUGCGAGGACUCAUUACCAGUGAAAUGUCAUGAAAUAUGAUCUGCUGAUGUAGCAGGAUAAACAGACUCGGAAAAUCUCGGUCUCUCUGGUGGGUUUUGAAUCUUGAAGUGUCACAUGAUUUUAAGGUGUCCUCUUCAGUCCACCUCUUAAGAGUCUUCUUCACGCAGCUGGACUCGUGGGCCACAGUGGACGCUGUUGUUCUGACCCGACUCGUCUGUUCUCCGCCUCAGAACGGUAGACGUACACGCAUGUUAGCUCAGGUGCCGCUUCACUACAAUGCAGUCAAAGUGCAGAAAUUCUUCUCUGAAGCACCUUUUCUGUUAUUUAACCGAAACGUGUGCUUUGCUCGCCCCGCAUGGACAAAACCGGUCUCUUUGUGUCUCUGAAACCAGUUUCCUCUUCUGCACCACUUGUACGAUCUUUGAUUAUUCAGAGUUCUUCAGAUAAUAUUCGUGUCAGACUUGGUCAGGCUGGGGUCUACACGUUCCACUGAGGCAGGCCUGCGGGUUUGGUUUUUUUGGGACUAGAAGAAGCGGGAAAUUUGGAGAAAACUUGAUUGAAUGAAAUGAGAAAACAAAACUUACCUUGUUAACGGCACACUGAAGACCGAUUGUUUCCAGCGUAGUCAGAUCAGAUUUUCUUCCGGCUUCGCUGAAACGUGGCGACUGCUACAUCGCUGCCUCCUCGCAGCAGCUCAUUGGUUCACAGGCUGCGUGAUGUCACUAAGGAGGCAGGAAGCUGAGAAGGCAGCACUCGAAAACAACAAAGCGUCUACUCAUUUUCAACAUAAAAUCCAAAAAGGAUUCAGUGAGAUCAAUAAAUCUUUGAUUAAACGAAUUAUUAAUUGUAGUGCUACUAAUCACAAGGCUGCCGUUUCGCUUGAAAUAAUUUCAUUCACACUUUUUGACAACAUAUCGACACAAAAUAAACAACACUUUUUUUUUUAAGAAAAAGGUGAGGUUACAUCACCUCGCUGUAGUAAUAUGAAUUAUAAUAUAGGACUUAACAUGAUAACCUGAUACUACAGUAUGAUACAGAUUUUAAGCACCUCUUGGAUCUUGUUAAGCAAUUAAAUGUGAAAGGAAAAGUUUUCUCUGUUGAUCUUCAGUCUGUUGUGUUUUGUUUGUCUCCUCUUCGCAGUAAAGGUGUGUGUUGCAUAU